UGUACUUCUUUGGACGAGUGUGCGAAGGGUGGGCCAAUUGCGGGCGCGGGAGGGGCAAAGGAGGUCUCCUGCGCGCGCAGCUCUUUCCGUCACCUCCCCCCCCCCCUCCGCUUUGCCUGAGCCGUCUCCACUACAGCAGACCCAGCACCAACCGCCACUACCUGGCCCCUCCCCUUGCGCGCGGGGCCGCGCCUCGUGCUGGACAAUAGCGGCGCUGCCGCAGCCGAGUUGUGUCUCACCCAAAUCAGCCCGACGUCGCCGCAUUUGUAGCAGCCACCUGGGCCCGCUCACCGACACCAAUGAGCGGCGGCACGCGGCCGUCCCGGCUGCGGAGCUGACCGGGGCAUUCAGACCUUGAGCCGGGACUUGCCGCAGCCGCCGUCGUCGCUGGUGCUGCUGCCUCCUCCUCCUCCUCUUUGACACUUGCUUUCCCCUCAGCCUUCCCUGGGACUGCGUCGGUAGGCACAAACCUUACCGAACCCGGAGCGACCGAGCAAGAGGGGUGGGUCGGGGAGUGGGGAGAGCCCUUUAAACGGCUCUAUCCUUUGACCAGCUGCCGGUCCUGACCCGUUCCCGGUGCGUGAGGCGGGUGAGAGAGGUGGGCCUGGCCUCGCUUCGCUCCGGGAGCCUGGCCUGGCUUUUGUGGGUGCUCCAGAAGACGAAGCGGCGGCGCUGCCUCCGUUUCAAUGGAAGUAUGUUAUCAGCUGCCGGUGCUGCCGCUGGACAGGCCGGUCCCACAGCAUGUCCUCAGCCGCAGAGGGGCCAUCAGCUUCAGCUCCAGUUCCGCGCUCUUUGGCUGCCCCAAUCCCAGGCAACUCUCCCAGAGACGUGGGGCAAUUUCCUAUGACAGUUCUGAUCAAACUGCAUUGUACAUUCGUAUGCUAGCAAAUCUGAAUGUGGAGUUGAUCAGACUUGGGUUUGAAUCUAGAAACAGAGCCAACUUAUCUGGGACGUCAAGAGGCAGCUUCAGAAGUGGAGAUGUACGAGUAAGAAGUCGGGCAGGAUUUGAAACAGAGAGAAGAGGUUCUCAUCCAUACAUUGAUUUCCGUAUUUUUCACUCAAAUUCUGAAAUUGAAGCUUCUGUAUCUGCAAGAAAUAUCCGAAGGUUACUGAGUUUCCAGCGGUACUUGAGAUCUUCCCGUUUCUUCCGUGGUAUCACUCUUCCAAAUUCUUCAAACAUUUUAGAUGAUGAUUAUAAUGGACAAGCUAAGUGUAUGCUAGAGAAAGUUGGCAACUGGAAUUUUGAUAUUUUCCUUUUUGACAGGCUGACAAACGGAAACAGUUUAGUCACCUUAACCUUCCACCUGUUUAAUCUUCAUGGACUUAUAGAGCACUUCCAGUUAGAUACAAUGAAACUCCGCAGAUUUUUAGUAAUGAUUCAAGAAGAUUACCACAGUCACAACCCAUAUCACAAUGCAGUUCAUGCUGCUGAUGUGACUCAGGCCAUGCACUGUUUUUUAAAAGAACCUAAGCUUUCCCAGUCUCUGACUCCAUGGGAUAUUCUGCUUGGCUUAAUUGCAGCUGCCACUCAUGAUUUGGAUCACCCAGGUGUUAAUCAGCCGUUCCUUAUUAAAACAAACCAUUAUUUAGCAACUUUAUACAAGAAUACCUCAGUAUUGGAAAAUCACCACUGGAGAUCAGCAGUGGGAUUGUUGAGAGAAUCUGGAUUAUUUGCACAUAUGUCACUAGAAAACAGGCAGCUGAUGGAAAGCCAGAUAGGAGCACUGAUUCUUGCCACUGAUAUCAGUCGGCAAAAUGAAUAUUUAUCCCUAUUUCGCAGUCAUUUGGACAAGGAAGACUUAUGCUUAACAGAGGAGAAUCAUCGUCAUCUCAUUCUUCAGAUGGCUUUGAAAUGUGCUGAUAUUUGCAACCCCUGCCGAACUUGGGAACUAAGCAAGCAAUGGAGUGAAAAAGUAACAGAGGAGUUCUUUCAUCAAGGAGAUGUUGAGAAAAAAUACUGUUUGGGUGUGAGUCCGCUGUGUGAUCGACAAACAGAAACCAUUGGCAACAUCCAGAUUGGUUUCAUGACCUAUUUGGUAGAACCAUUGUUCACUGAGUGGGUCCGUUUUUCAAACACCAGGCUAUCUCAAACAAUGCUUGGUCAUUUGGGACUGAAUAAAGCUAGCUGGAAGGGUGUGCAGAGAGAACAAUCCAGCAGCGGUGAUGAUACCGAUCCUGCAUUUGAGGAAAUGGAUUCUGAUGUUAUACCUCAGGAACACCAACUAUCCUGACCCCAGGAUCUGUUUAAUAAACUGCCUCUUGCCUGGUAUCUAUGGUACAGGGUUUGAGGAUAAAUUUUGUCUGACUGCCAAGGUUUCAGUGUAAACAAUGCCAGCAUUAUUUAUUUCCAAGUUUGUCCUUUGAUAAAUCAUUUGAACAGUUUUGAGUUUCAAGACCUGAACAUAGAGCAAUAUGUAUAUGCCUCAGUUCGCUUCUGCAUGGAUCCUUGAAUAUGCAAACCGGAGGAGUGGUUGAAGCUCGACUAAGGAAAAGUACAAGAUAUAUUGUUACAUGCCACAUAGUUUUGUUUUUGUUUUUAGAGAAAAUCUGAACUCAGGCCUUCAAAGUUGCCACAUGACAUGGAUGAUACCUUUCUCUUGGAAUUUAACAAGACUCAUUCAAUCCUUGUCCAAAAUGUGGAAAUAUGAAGUGCCCAUAUUUGGAUGCCUCUGGCAAGAACUGAUGUUUACAAAUGUACUUGGAAACUAUAGGUUCUAAAUUAACCUUUCUGCAUGGCUGUGAAGGAACCACUAACUUAAAGAAAAAGAGAUCAAAUCUGAAACUGCAGCUCAUUUUCCUGUUAGCAAAAGAAAAGUUUCCCAUGUGUCAUAAAUUUGGCUGUUCAUUGGGAAGAGCAUUUAACAUAAAGCACAGCCACGCUUUACUCCAGUGCAGAAUGGGAAUGCAAUUACCACAAGACUGAAAUACUUUUGGAUUUUGGGAGGGGAGGUGGGAUGCUAUGGAGGAAGAGGAGUUCUAAUUGUGUUAAGAUUCUGCAGUGAAAACAUUUGCAUGUUGUUUUCACUAUUUUACACUUGAACUGCACAUGCAAGAAAAAAAAGGUGGAAUGACUAUAAACACCAGAAACAGCUCAGGGUAUUUGCCAAUCUGAAAUAAAGUGGGAUGGGAAGUGUGUCCUUCAGAACAAGGGUACAAAUGCCCUUUCGCUGCAGUGUGUGUGGGAGAGUGUGUGGGAGCGUGAAUACUUGGGGGUGGGGGUGGGAGGAAGGGGACAAUGGGAAGGAUUUGAAAGGCAAUGUUUUUUAUUUAUUCUUUUUAGAAUGUGACAUUUUCAUGAGCAGCCACAGGGGGGAAACGAACAGGUUGCUACAGCUGCCUUAAACUAUGCACAAAGCUAAGUGACCAAAUUUUGUUGAUUGAAAAAGUGCAUUGUUUACUUAUUCCUCCCUCUACUGAAAUGUUACCCAUUAUGGGUUUUUUGAUGUGAAAAGGAGAACAUGUUUUUAAGGACAAAUUUUAAGGACUAAUUUUUAAUCUUCAAGCAUUCCUUUUUUUGUAAUUUGUUUUUUUAACAUUGUUUUAAGUACUGUAAGCACAACUGUAAUCUAUUUUGAGAAACUGGUGCUUUCUUUUUGUUCAUAUGUAUUUCCCUUGUUCUUACUGUAAAGACUGUUUCUUCCGUUCUGUUUACAGUUUGCAACAGCCAUUUUUGGGAGAGAGCUUCAGUGUAAAGCCAUUUGUAAAAGGCUUUGCCAUACUCAUUUUAAUGUGCCUGUUGCUGUUAACUUUUGAUUAAUAAUAAAUACUUUUCACAUUA